AUAUUCCAUGGAAAAAAAAAAACAGCAAGUGGUCCAGAAAAAGCAAAGUCGUUGCCGUAUUCUAACAACUUGCUCAAUUAUCUUCUUCUUAUCUCUUAUUAAAAACAGGAGCUUUAAUUUGCUUGUAUGUUCUACACAUUUAUUCUCCUCUCAAUCUCUUUAGAUCUAAACAAAAUAGUGUAGUAGUAAAAAGAGAGAAAGACUAGGGAGGUCGGCGAAGGGCGAUGGCUGCGGCAGAGCACGGGGACGGUCGGAGGGUGGGGGCGGCGCUGGACUUCUCGCGGUGCAGCAAGGCGGCGCUGCGGUGGGCGGCGGAGAACGCGCUGCGGGCCGGCGACCACCUCAUCGUCGUCCACGUCCAGAAGGAGGCCCGCUCCGACCUGGGCGAGUCCCUCCUCUGGCAGGACACCGGAUCACCUUAUAUCCCACUGUCCGAAUUAUCUGAAGCUGGGACAGCAAAGAAGUAUGGAGUGAAGGUUGAUGCUGAAACAUUGGAUAUACUUAACACAAUCUCAAAGGACAAAGAGGUCCAGGUUAUCAUGAAAAUAUACUGGGGAGAUGCACGCGAAAAGAUCUGCGAAGCGAUCAACAACAUCCCCCUGAGCUACCUUAUUAUCGGAAAUCGGGGUUUCAGCAAGAUCAAGAGGAUACUUCUGGGGAGUGUGAGUGAAUAUGUGGUGAGCAAUGCUACAUGUCCAGUAACAGUUAUUAAAAGCUUUGAUCAGGAAGGCUAAUCCUUCUAUUUUCGCGGUUUUCGCUCUUUCGUUAUAUAAAUUUUAAGUUGGUUUUGAGCUCAUUAAUUAUUUCCUAUAAACUUUGUAUCAUGAGACAUUUUUACUAAGUACAUUGUGGUUAUUGGUGUAUGUAUGUGUUGAAAUGUAAUGUUGAGAUAAAUAAAUGGAACCUCAUUAUUUUUCUCCA